AUGAGUUGCAGGUUAGCAUAUACAAGUUCAAAGGAAGAUGAGAUGAGCCGCUGCUGCUGGUGCUGCUUCGUCAUCAACGAUAAACGACCACAACUCUUCGACCCAAAAAAUGCUUAUCAACAGUUCGAGAUUAGUAGUAGAAUAAUAGAGUGUGGAGGACAACCCUGGGGUUUUGUGUCAAAGUCCGUAGCUCCUGACGGGAUUCCUCCAAAUUUCCUUAGACACGAGGGUUGGAAGGCUGGAACCAAACCCCUUAACAAAAACUUGGAGCUCACGGAAGCGCUCGGCCUCGACGCCGCGCUGCGUGGCCGCCUCCCUGAUCUCAGCUUCCCGCUGCCAGCCAAAUGUUCGGACCCGGUGGUGGUGGGGAAGUGGUACUGCCCUUUCAUUUUCGUUCGAGAUGGGGAGGUUGGUUCUCAAGUGAGUAACUCGCCGUACUACGAAAUGACCCUUCAGCAGAAUUGGGAGGAGAUAUUUGGGUGUGGGAAUUUGGGGGGAGGUGAGCGAGGGGUGGAUUUUGAUGUUUCUGUAGAAAGGGAAGUGAUUUCGAUUGCGGGUCAGCGGGCCGAUGGUAGAGAAGUUGGCGAUGGGGUUGUAUGGUUUGGUUCGAGGGGGGUUGGGCUGAGCUUGGCGAUUGAGGAGAGAGUGAAAUGGGAGGAUGAGAGGGCGGGAUUUGAGUUUGGAAAAGAAAAAGAAGAGAAAUAUGUGAAGAUGAAUAGAAGAGAGGAUUUUGGAGGGGUGGAAGAAUGGAGGAGAUUUGGAUGUUAUGUGUUGGUCGAGAGAUUUGUGCUUAAGAGAAUGGAUGGAAGUUUGGUUCUUACCUGGGAAUUCAGGCACACCCACCAAAUUAGAACCAAAUGGAACUGA